GCCCUUUGUGAUCCGCGGGGUAUGUUUGAAUCGAAAACGAAAAGAACUGACUUGUUCUCUGAUGUCUUGGAAUUGUUUCGCUCCGAGAAGAAACAUUGUAACACUUGUAACGUCUCUCCCUGGCAACGGAAUCGUCUGAGAUUGUAACGCGUGCUUCUAUCAGUGCUCUACGAAGGAGUAAGCUGGAUCAAACAGUUGUUUAACUUUAUGCAAGUUUUAAACUCUCUGCGGUGGAUUGCAUUCUCUAGGCAUGGACGUGUCGGUGUAUUUAUGGGUUUUGUCGCUGUACGCGUGUCUUGUGUAUGGUAAGCCCACUAUUAGGAAAGAAAGGGUCCACCAUGAACCUGAAUUGAGCAGACAACCCCACGAAGAUAACCAGAGCUAUCAGUACGAUCAUGAGGCCUUUUUGGGCAAAGAGGAGGCCACCACAUUUGAUCAACUCACCCCAGAGGAAAGCAAAGCCAGAUUAGGGAAAAUAGUUGAUCGGAUUGACAGCAAUGGUGAUGGAUAUAUCACUAUGGAUGAACUCAAGGCCUGGAUCAAGAGAGUACAGAAGCGUUACGUCUACGAGAACGUUGCAAAGGUCUGGUCUGACUACGACCUGAACAAGGACAAUAAGAUCUCAUGGGAGGAAUAUAAGCAAGCAACCUACGGUUACUAUCUAGCUAAUCCAGAAGAGUUUGAAGAUGCAACUGACCAGUUCAGCUUUAAGAAGAUGCUUCCACGAGAUGAGCGCAGGUUUAAGGCUGCAGAUCUAAAUGGCGACUUGGCCGCAGAGCGAGAGGAGUUCACUGCUUUCCUCCACCCAGAGGAGUUUGAUCACAUGAGGGAUAUUGUGGUCCUUGAAACUCUGGAGGACAUUGACAAGAAUGGAGAUGGGCAUGUAGAUGAGGACGAAUACAUUGCGGACAUGUUUGCUCAUGAAGAUGGCGGUCCAGAACCAGACUGGGUUAGGACUGAGAGAGAUCAGUUUUCUGAUUUUAGAGAUCUUAAUAAAGAUGGGAAGAUGGACCUAGAGGAGGUUCGCCACUGGAUCCUCCCACAGGACUAUGACCAUGCACAGGCAGAGGCCAGACAUUUGGUGUAUGAGUCAGACACAGACAAGGACCAGAUGCUUACCAAAGAAGAGAUUCUUGAGAACUGGAACAUGUUCGUAGGCAGCCAGGCCACCAACUACGGCGAAGACCUCACUAAGAACCAUGAUGAGCUAUGAGCCCAAGUAAAAGGUCUGGAACUCUGCUGGACAUUGUGACCGCAGGCAUCCUGACCUGAAACUCUAUGGCAACCAUUCCUUUCCUUGGGAAGAAAAACAGAAGCCAUGCCACUGAUUGACUGAUCUAUUGCAGCUCUACCUCACAGAACAGACAUAGAGGAAUCAUUGCUAUUGAGAGUCUUAAAUAUAAAUGGCCAUGGUCCCAAAUGCAAACUUACGGCUUUCUCCUGCACUCUAUGUUCUUUUUGUGGGAUGCCAAAGGACUAUUCUGGUCUAGACUGAAUGAGCUGCUACAGAUUACUUCAGCUGAAGCUAAGCCUUUUAACUCGUACGUUUUCAUUUUUUUAAAGCAGUCAUUGGAUGAAGCCAGUACUUGUACAAGUUGUUCCUGUUUUUGUCUGGUGUCAUUAUAUUGUAACAAACAAGAAAAUACUAAUUCUAUUUAUUUAGGAUUUUAAUUAACAUGUCUUAAUUCUACAAUGCUGUUAUUGCAGCAAGUCAGUGUUGUUAUACAGUUAUUAGAUGUGUUUAUAUGUGUAAUUUCACUACACUGUAGAAACAUCUACAUUGUAGGUAAUCAUAUACAUUUUCCCAGAGCUGGACAGUAAUGACUCUUACUUUUGUUUUUGACAGACCGUGCUUGAUACACAGCUGCCUCAGAUGCUUCUUUUAAAGGAAUAGUUCACCCAAAAAUUCUCUCAUCAUUUUCUUACCCUCAUGAUAUCCCAGAUGUGUAUAAAUUUCUUUCUUCACGAGAACACAUUUUAAGAAAAUUAGAAAAAAUGAGUAGGUCCUUGAAAUGUGGAUGGUGAUUCGACUUUUGAAGCUCCAAAAAUCACAGACAGUCAGCAUAAACGUCAUUCAUACGAGUCCAGCUGUUGAAUUAAUGUUUUCUAAAGUGAUACGAUCACUUUUGGUGCAAAAAAGAUCAAUAUGCAAGUACUUUUUUAACUCUAAAUCAUCGCUUCCAGUCAGCAGUGGUAAGCACAUGUGACGUGAUCGCAUUGGCACGUAAAACACGUGAGAACUGGGGCAAAUGCGACACAUGGAAGAGCAGCUCUGUUUACAACUGAGCAGGAUGAGCGUUGUACAGAAGCAUCGUUGGUUUUGGUUUAGAACUGUAUUUAUCUGUUUCUUUACUCACAAUGGUGCGUUUGUGUGCUUAUUCUGGAUGUCUCAACCAAGAGUAUAACAUGACAUUUCAUCCAUAACAUGGCAACGCGAAUACAUCACACGAGAGACCGUGUGAUCUCCACCCUCUCGUGAAGUUUACCAGAAGCAUUGGAUAAUAGUUAAAUAGUACUUAAAUAUUGAUCUUUUUUCGCACCAAAAGUGAUCGUAUCACUUUAGAAGACAUUAAUUGAACUGCUGGAGUCGUAUGGAUGACAUUUUUGCUGACUGUUUGUGAUUUUUGGAGCUUCAAAAGUCAAAUCACCAUCCACUUGCACUUUAAGGACCUACAGAGCUGUGGUGUUAUUCUAUUUUUCUUCAAAUGUGUUCUGCUGAAGAAAGAAAUUCAUACACACCUGCGAUUUCAUGAUUGUGAGAAAAUUAAAGAAUUUUCAUUUUGGGUGAACUAUCCCUUUAAUUAACUUUUUAUGUCUUUUGAAUUUUGCAUGUGUAGUUUAUUUUUGUCUAAUGUCUGGUAAAUUUCCAAAAAGAAAGGUUGCAUUUGGUUGGUGAUUAUGGAAGAUUUUUUACCCCUGUUCCAAGCAGUUUCAACAUGAAAUAUCCCUAGCGUCUCUUCAAAAUCUGUUCAUUGCUGUACAUUUGUACAUUGCUAAAAUUUGGACCUGUUUGUCUUCAAGUGUUCUAAAUCUGUAGAGGCUUGUACAUCCAGGGUUUUGAUCUUGAUCCUGGUGUCAGUUCUUAAUCUGAACCAAUAGCAGUGAUGCCCCUUUUAGGUUUCUUAUGUAUAGUCGUACCUGAGAUACCAAGUCACUUUAACGUGAUAAUCAUUCUGAAGUGUUGAGGAAUACAAAGCAUCUUUAUCUGCUGGCAUGAUUGUGAUGUUUGGUUCCAACCGAUGAAGCUUCUCAGAUGAGGGUCUUAAAGAUUAGAGUAUUAAAAAUGUCUUUAAUAAAUUGAUAGUCUAGUCUUAGAUCAGCCAUUCAACAAUGACUCUGACGAUACAAACUUUCCUAGUCUUCAUUUUUAUGUACUAAACUAAUACAGUAUGGUAGAUCAUACUAUAAAAUUUCACUACGGCCUUGUUUUUUCCUCUCCACAGAGGACUGCAUGAGUAUAUUUUUCUUUUUUGUAAUUGUGGUUUUAAAUUCUGAAAUGCUUUUAUUUUAAUUUGUUGAAUUUAUGGAAUUAAAUGGCAUCAUAUUGUGAUAAACUUGUAGGAGAAAGGAGGUGAAAUGGGGAUAUUUAAUUGUCUUCCAACAGAAUGCAACAGCGUUUUCAUUUAAGCCAGUGUUCCGCUUUGGUUACUUAAAAAGUCUUUCAUGAAACUUUUAAAAUUGUCAUUUUUUUAUUUUAUUUUUUUAGAUUGUUUGUUUCAUAAAUAGUAUAAAUCAGUCAAAUUUAAUUGUAAUAAAAGAAAAUGGAAUUCUGUUUAAAAAUAGAUUUCCACGCAUGCUUCGGGACUUCAGUGCUCACUAGAGAUGCUGCAGAUGGAGACUGGUGGUUAAUAGAAACUACGUUGACAUUUCUAAAUGGAAACUAAACAGUCAGACCUGUACCAAAUGUUAAGGUCCCAUUGCCACAUUGGAGUGUGUUCAUCGCAGCUGUUGACCAUUGUUAUUUGUUGGCCCCUUGCCUGAUGUGGUUCUAAUUGGUUAAUUACACAUUAAAGAUGACCAGGCACUGAUUAUGUGCCAGAUGUGUAAA